AUGCCCAUUCGCCGGCCGUCUGCAUCUGUAGGGCACUCAAACAACGCCGGGUCGGCUCGCGUGCACAAGAGCACAGACUCCCAUCAUGCCUUUGUCGCCACUUCUUCGUCCCAGCAGCAUUCACUUCUUUCAUUGGGAGCCUCAGCCACACCUCAACAAAAGAUUGUGCAGGUUCUGGUCAACAGAUUGAAGCACAAGCUUCCAUGUAACUCGGGCCUAUCAUUGGAUCGUGUCGAGGCUGAUAAUCCAACACAACAAGCGAUUGAAACUCUUGUUGAGCUAUCUCAUGACUCGCUUGAUAUGAUUGCGUGGGCUUUGAGUGAACUUUUAGAUAGAUUGGCAAAGCAAACGGACCCAAAUUCUGGACACUUUUCCAUCGAGGUUCUACAAUCUCAGCUCUUCGUUCUCAAGGUGUUGUCCAUGACCAUGGCGUCACGUUGGAAUCGCGAUCUUCGGUCUCCAUCUCGUGCCAGUGACCGCCCUUCAUUGAUCUCCCCCGAUUCUCCAUUUUCCAACGGCCCGACAAAGCGAUACCGACAGGCGCCGUCCGACAUUCCAUCAGUUCCCGCACAAUCGGAACUAGCACCGUUAGACGAUUCAUGUGCCAAGUAUAUCUUGAGUGUCAUGGUACUCUUCCUUCGCCAGACAGCGUCAGCUGACGUUCCACUCAUGCUCGCCCUUCGAUCGACUGACCUUUCCUUUCGGGAUUUUGAGUCGAUCGAGAACAUCAAUAUCUGGAUGCAAGAGACGGCAGAUCCAGAUUUCCAAGCUCCACCGGAGGCUCCGCUUCGUCCUCAGCCUUCUUCUGUAUCGGUCAGGUCAAUCCAGACGAGCAUUCAUUCCACUAUACGCAUCCCAGCUACCAACACUGGAUAUGAGAAGACUCAUAUGUCUUUUCUAAAGUCAUCAUUAUCUGUUAAUGGCCUCAUUGCCAAAUUUGCUGGCCGCAUUAUUUUCCACAUCUCGGUUUCCAAUUGGGCAGUCGUUUUCAGUCGGCUACGAACUAAAAUUCGCCACCUUGGCAGUAGUCCUGAGGAUAACCCCGAUACAGUUGAUCUUCAACUCAUGACGCACGGUGCUUUAGACAGGCAGCGUCUAAUUUACCUUCUUAAUGAACUUUCCUCAUUACUCGUUAACAUGGGGCGUGAAGCCCAACUCGCGAUUGCUGUUUCGCUGAGGUCUGCUGUUUGGAAUUGGAUCGACAGGUUUCCUCACGAAUUCAACGAUGCCAUUCGUUCAAGGGGAAGGAUGGAUGGGGCACCUGAGCGUGUCUUUGAUCUGUUAUACUCAAUGACAACGACAGGAAACGAGAAGAUUUUCUGGCCUGUACUAACCAUUCUGAAUUGCAUCACGUCUGACAGAAUUCCGGCAGACCUUCAGCUUUCACAAUAUGGCUCUCUUCAGAAAUCAAGAAAGCCGGAGCUGAAGUUCACGGAAGACGUUCUCAGAUACGUCAAUAGCAAUUCGAAGCAAGCAGAAGUUGGUCUUGCCUGCGCAGUGGAUAUGUGUCGAGCUGCGGCGUACGUUGACACCAAGGGAGAGGUUCCUUUGCGGUUGCUUGCGGCGGACAUUGCGCACGAGAUCAAGAGCGCACUUGCAAGCAGUGCUGGUCGCAAGCCCUUUUGGGAAUCGAGCGAAGAUAUAGACGUUGCGCUCUAUGCUGAUGCUCUGGUCGCAGUUUUCCGGUUCCUGCCAUUAGAGGAUUCGGUCCACUUGUUUUCUGCUUGCGUUGCACCUGAGCGAUCUGAAGCCGUCAAAAUUUGCGCUGUUCGAGCCUGUCUGACGUUGAUACAAGAAGCUUCUCGAUUCCGCUUCCAGCGCUCGGUCGAUAGCCUACAAGAGUCUAUCGCACCUCGUUGUCGAGAUCUUCUCAAAGUCCAGGCUGCCAGCUCUCGCCGUCCGGAGGUUGAUCACCUUGGGAGUGCGAAACGGAUAGCCAAUCGACCCAAGAUGAAACGGACUUUACCAGAGCCUCUCGCUGAUCGAGAAGUUCUUAUGCUGGCGAUUUUAUCCCUCUGGCGUAAUUCACCGUUGUUCUUCAUGUCAGGUAUAAGUAAGCCUGAAAUCGACAGUUGGAUGACAGUUGCUGUUAAGCUGUGGGCGGCGCCACUUGAUAUAUCCGUCAAGGCUUCCACGGCGAGCUGCCUCCGCGCAAUCACAGAACUGUGUUUCUUGAUGCCCUCGUCGGAUCCUAGCCAUUCUCUUAUGGUGGAGAUAAUCAAAGCCUCAUUACCUAUAACCUUGCUUAGCGUCGUUGCAAGUUUGCUUGAUACUCGUGAGGAUGCGGAGCAACAGCGUCUGUGGAUUGCCAUAUCGCAUCAAAUACUUCAGGUCUACAUUCGGAGGAGUGACCUUGAACAUGUCAAAGAAAUCCAGCUUGAUGCUGGUCGCGUCCCAGCCUUCCUUUUAGCCGAAAUCGCGCUGCUUGUUGCACUGACCUCCGCGGAUAGUGGCAUUUCGGAGUUAGCGACGAAAGGCCUUCGCCUUCUUUCUCAUGCAGACCGCCAGCCAGAUGCACCUGUCAAUGAAAAUGUUUCAGAGGAAGAGAGGUCAAAGCGGAAUUUUAUCUAUGAGCAGCUUGGAGAUCCCAAAGUUGUGGUUGUUGGACGUGUUGGGCACCAAAAACGAAUUCGGAAGCUUUUGCGUCUGAUAUCGUUUUCAUCUGGCAUUCAUGUCGCCGUUUGGGAAGAGUGCUAUUGGAGAUGGCGCGCUUUAUCUGAGACGAUCUUUGAGUCUCUAAACGAAAGCCCAGACGGAGGCGAUCGACCACCCCCGGCACAAGAUCUACGGUUCCAAUGGCAAAAUCUCACUUUGUUCUUAGCUGUCCUUGGCGGCGUAUGCAUCCUCGACAAACAAGAUAUCUCCUUAGCAAAUGUGAUUCCGCCAAAGUAUCUUCCGGACAAGAUGCGGGUGGUUCAGAAUCCCCUUCCACUCGUCGAAGCCUUCAUUUCCGAUCUCAUCAACCUUCUGGUCGCGUCUGAUAUGCACAUUCGUGAUGUUGCUAGAGAUGCGUUGGGUUCUGAAUUAAGUCCUCGGUUGUACUCGAAGCUUCUCAGGAGUCUGGACGAUACUAUUCGCAACAUUGAACAGGGUGCAGGUUCUGAGUUGACGGACCCAUACAUACUCUUUUUGGAUCAGUUCAUUGCAGUGCUAAAACUUCUCGUCGAAAACACACAACUCCCUAUGGAAGAUGUCAUGAGCAUUGACAUUAGUUCAACAAUGUUGACAUUGGCGGAUUUUAUCUCUCGCUUCGAAGAGCCUGCCUCAUUUCGCAUCAAGAUCAAAUUCUGCGUGUUUUGUGAAAGCGUCUGUGAUCGUCCAGACAUCUUGACCCUUCGACGAGACUGCAAUGCUCGUCAUUCUAUCCUUGAUUUGGUUUUGGACUGGAUUCAACCUGCAAACGCAAUGGACGACAACGCAACUACGCUGUACAAUGAGCUCAACCUUGCGUGCUUGCGGAUCGCGGUCAAGCUCCUGGAUCGUCUAGAACUUCGACCUCUUGACGGCUCGCAGACUGGCGACGAUAGCGUUCACGUAGUAUCGCGCCUUUUCAACAGAUAUGCGGGGGCACUGCUUCAAAGCCUUGAGGCUUGCCAAAGUGAUGGUCUAACGUCCGACAGUACAUCGGAACUUGGCUCAAUACACCAGAGGAUACAUACAUCUCAGAAAGAAGCCGAGCUACGCGAACUCGUCAUCACUGGGCUGACGCAUUUAGUCAGCGCUAACAGUGAAAGCGGGUUCAAGCAGUGCCUUCCGUUGGCUUACGAUCAAGAUAAUCGGAAACGAACCAUUUUUGCCCAUGUUUUUGCUCGGGUGAUCGGUCAAGGAACCAAGUUCGACCCAGAAGACCGAUCUGCAGCUCAAGCCCGACAUUCACGGCUAUGCGACCUGCUUAGGGGAUCAGAUAUGGUACUCGCGUUGACAGUUUGUGAGAUUUGUCCAGCAGCAGAGGUUGACAUGAUGAUUUCUGUCCUGCUCAACAUUUUUGAUACACGGGUUUCGUUGAUGACCUUGAUCAAACGUAUGAUUGAGCACGAAGUUGCACAAACAGACUCUGAAGCAGGCCUUUUCCGAAGUAACUCGACAUGCACCAGAUUUUUAUCCGCCUUUGCUCGCAUUCAUGGAUAUCACUACCUCAGGAAUCUUGUUCAACCCUUACUUCAAACCAUGCAGUCCAUGCCACCUGGUUCGGGUUAUGAAGUCGACCCUAACAAAAUUGCGCCCGGACAAGACCUCGAGCAAAAUCAUAAGAAUGUGGAGUUCGUGGCAACCACUUUCCUUACCCUCAUCAUCUCCUCGCAGCAAUCGCUUCCAAAUAUGUUCCGUGAAAUAUGUGCCCAUAUUGCCAAGACUGUGUUAGUUACACUUCUUCCAAGCCUCUCGAUUUUGGGACUGAAAUAUUCGUAUAGCUCACAGGUUUGGCCAGACUCCAAGUUUUCUGCAAUGGGCGCUUUCAUCUUCCUGAGAUUCAUUUCGCCGGCAAUUGUUUCUCCGGAGAUCGUGGACGUGGAUAUACCUAAGAACGACAUAACGCUGCGUCGAGGAUUGAUGGUCGUCGCGAAAAUCAUCCAAAACCUUGCGAACAACAUCUUCUUCGGAAAAGAGGCGCAUAUGACCCGACUAAACAAAUUUUUGGAGGUAAAUAUUGCCGGAGUAACUCGCUUCCUUAGUGAGCUCAACAAAUAUACACCUAACUCAGAGGAAGAAGACGACCAUUGGCAGGGAACCACUUCAGACGACACAGAUAUGAUCGUGUUACACAGGUUCUUCGAUAAACACGCAGACAAAAUUGGCAAAGAACUGCUCAGUCUGUCGAAGCCCUCUGCAGAUGGCGAUAUCACAGCAAUCAACGGGAAACGCGCCUGGGAUGGCUUAUGUGCUUUGCUAGUAGAUCUGGGGUCGCCUUUAGAAGUCCCUCGACCCUCUACUACGAAAUCCUCGGAACAUCGUGAAUACCUUGACUUAAUGGCGCGAUAUGCACACCGAAAUACGGAAUCGAUGAAAAAGUUAUUUGUUGAGACCGACAUACCCUCCGGUCAACGCGCGGUUUUUGUUUUGCGGUUAUCCAACAUUGACGUUGAGGCACUGGAUAUCGAAUUGCUGAUGUAUUAUAUCUUCAAGACACUCGAUCUAGACACAUAUUCUGGCCGACAUUUCGACGUGGUCCUGGAUUGCACUUCUUUCUCGUCAAUCUCAGAGGUUCCUCUUCAAUGGUUAAAGUAUUGUGCGGAGUUAAUUCCUUCGAAUAUUCGUGCACGGUUCCAAACAACGCACAUCCUCAAUCCCAAUACCCUAAUGCAAAAGUAUAUGCGUCGCUUGUACAACGUCUCUGCAGGCACUCCAUUCUGUAACGACAUCAGGGCCUACACGUCCAUUUACCAGCUUGUGGAGCACGUCCCUGAACUCGCAUUACAAGCCCUUCUUAAUCCUGUCGCUCUGGAGCACGAACCUUGCGAGAAAUUUUCGGAUGUGACCAUGAAAGUAUCACACAUGCGGCUACCAGUUGUGCUCGAUGUCGGAUCAAGUCAUCUUCGAGUUACUUCGAUCAAAACAGUUCCCAUUUCUCCUGGCCUUGCUAGCAAAUCGACCGAAGUAAUACCUCUUUCAGACGUCAGCGAUGUUUAUAACAUUUCAACUGGCUUCGAGCCCAAUGAGUUUAUCAUACGUCGGAGGCAAGGGGUUACGGUUUAUUUUGCCUCAGUAUCGCGAGACAUCAUUGUGAAGACAAUUCGAUCCGCAAAAGCUCGCCUAAAAGAAGCCCAAGCGCCAUUGACAGAACGAUUCUCCCGAUUCUCGAACGUUCCUGCCACGCUCCUGCAUGUUGGUCUGCUUAGCGUUGAUCUCGAUGAUGAGGACCUCCGGGGGGCUGCUUAUGACCUCCUUGGUGCCGUCUGCACAUAUCUGAAAUAUGACAAAACUCCCAUCGUUGCAUGUAAAGCUGGUUUUGUUCCUGGGGAUCCCAUUUCUUUCGUUUUCCAGCUGAGCGAUAAGCUAGCAGAGUUCGCACCGCAGUUAACUCUUGAUUUCGUUCAUGAGGUUUCUGCAGCCAUGACUGGGAUGGAUAGAAGUGCAAUGGCGCAACGCAUUAGCUGUUUGCAGUACAUGAGUCCCUGGAUCCGAAACCUCGCGCAUUUCGCGAACGCAACGAGUCCACUCUUUGAACGUUCAGGAGCUCGACUACGGGAUUGCAUACGAACCUUGUCCGAUCUAUCAGUCUCAUUCCCUGAGAUCAUGUCUACGAUCCAGAAGCAUAUAUGGGGCGAGGUUGCAAGGCUUGAGUCACCGUUGGUGGACAUCAUCCUGGACGAACUGGUUCGAACGGCCACUGAUGGUGGGAUUGGAACGAGAAGAUGUGAGACCAUAUGCCACAUUGUGGCUGCACUGUCUUCUAUCAAUGUCAGAGGUCGUAUUUACUCGAAAUUGCGCAAGGCAUUGAGCAAGGUGCCGCCAAAAGUUUCAAACUCCCUCUCCGAACAUCCCAACUGGAACGAGAUUUCUACCCUCAUUCGGUUGGCUUUGGUUGUAGGAUCCCAGUCAAAGCAAAGUGGCCAGAACCAGCUCUACGUACCCGAAAUCGUCCAUCUUGUAACGUUGGUGGCAGGAGAAGGCCCAUCCCUGGUCCGGAAGUCUGUUUACGGCAUCGUGAUUAACCUUUUGCAGUGCCUAUACAUCUCAAGACCAGACGAUGUCCCGGGCCCUGAACUCCUUCAGUUCAUCAAUGAUUGCACCCUUCCCUCGACGUUGCAGCUGUUCGGUCUUCGUCGUGAAACGCCAACUAGUGAAUACAUCAAAUGGGAUCCAGCGAACGACAAAGAAGCGCUUGACAAUCAAGAACAACUGACACAACUUCUUGUUCGAAUAUUGGAGAUGACAGCUGGGUCUCGAGGCUUACUGAACGUCUGGCGCGCUCGAUGGAUGAGCUUGGUCACCGCCACAGCAUUUCAGCUUUCUCCUGCGGUGCAGACUCGAUCUUUCAUCGCUCUCGGGACACUAGCAACGUCAGAGGUUGAUGAUGACUUCGUUUACCAAAUUCUUGUCGCGCUUCGUACGGCCCUAUCAAAGGCUAACGAGACACACACAAUGUCCAUCGUCAGCAUGCUUCGAUGUUUAUGCAAGAUAGUCCCCGCUAUUCAAGAGAACUCAAGAUACAUCCCCUCCCUCUUUUGGUUGGCCACUGCCCUUCUACAAUCAAGUCAUCUAGCAUUCUAUAUCGAAGCAACGGCUUUACUACGUGUAACACUAGAGCAUAUGGAGGAGCAGGGCAUGUUCAAGAACACUUCAGUCUCCGCGGUCCUUUUGGAGAAUCGGUCUGGCCUGGAGGACGUUACUGGGCAGUUGGAUGAGAUGCUUAGGUUGUCGUUUGACACCAGCUUCUCGUUCUCCCUGGCUUCGAUUAUCUUCAAAGGGAUGCGACACUCUGGAUUGAAGGACUCAGCUGAGGCUGCCCUGCGAAGCCUGCUUUGCGUAACCGCACGGGCGCAUGAAUCCAACAUCGAUGUACCGAAUGGCUUCAAGGAAAACCCCUGCACUGAGAUCCUAGGAUAUUUCUUGGCCCUCAUUCCUGUUUCAACAACUCAAGCGUCGUAUCGCCAAUUACUGAAGGAAUGCAUCAUCGACGAUGCUUGGCUUCCUGAAGCUGGCCUUGCAGAUGAAGAUGACGAUAAGCAGACCCCCCAAGUCACUCCUGCUUUCCUUGGUAUCAACGAUUCAAACACUGCAUUGCUGGCCGCUUCGUUCGUUGGUACUAUUCUUACCACGGCCCAGGGUGAUGACACGGAGACCGAGAUUCUUUAUGGCUUUUUAUCAGAACUUUCGAACACGAAUCCUGAAAUCGUGACGAUGACGUACGAGAGUCUCCAGGACAGAAUCAAGGAUACCUUUGCCAAUUCGUCUAAUGCGCCAAUCAUACGCUCUGUGUCCAAUAUUUUCCGCGUCGCCUUGCAAGACAACUCGCGAACCCCGAACCCCCGUGGGUCGACCUCAACCCUCGGAACGAUCGAGGAAAAUGGUGCAGGACCCGGCCGGACGCAUCUGAAUGCUCUUGACGAGCUCGGAAUGCAGGGCCUUGCCAACAGCUUCCAGUUUCUACCGCCAAAUCGCGGCCACGCAACCAAAAUGAUCAACUGGAUCCCCGGCUUGGUAGCACUCAUGAUUGCAUAG